AUGAACAUCGUACUGUUUGUUCUAGCAUUGGGUUUAACCAGUGUCAUCGGCCAAGGGAAAAAUCCCCAUGGACAACUCGACCUGCAUGAUGACUUCGAAAGAAGACUAUUCCCAAAGUUGAUGAAUGUGGGCAAGAAAUGGUACAAAUUCAAAUGCACCUCUGAAAACCAAGUGGUUCCAUCCCCAACCUCCUUAAGUGAAUACCUCAUCUGCAAAUAUCGUAAAUCGGGAAAGCUGUUGCCAGUCAAGAUGAAUUGUGGAUAUGAUAAAGUAUUCGAUGAACCUUCGUCGAUGUGUCAAACACUACUUGGAGGUGGCAAAGUAAAUUGCGCCUUGAUGAAAAGCAAGUGCGAUCGAAAUAGACAAGGACUUUACCCUCAUCCGAAUGCAACAAAAACGAAUAUGUAUUUGCAAUGCAAUCCACAUAGUAUGUACAUCAUGAAAUGUAUGAAAGGAGGCUUCUUUUUUGAUCCAGCACUGAAAAAAUGUGUUCAUCGUCAUUUACCAACUAUAGUUAUAAGAAACGACUUCCCCGGUAACGUACCAAUAAUUGAAUGCGAACAACCAGGUAUCAUUGUCAAAGCACAUAACUUGCCUGAUAGAUGUUACUACAAUUGCUUACUAGCAACUGACAAAUAUGAAUUAAUUAUAGCAUGUAGUAAUAUAACAAGUACAACUAGUAACACAAAACCAACUAAAACAACUGCUGGUACAGGAACAACUCCAACAGGUGGAACUGGUACGACCAAACCAGGUGAAACAACUACUGCAGGUGGAACUGGUACAACCAAACCCGGUGAAACGACUACUGCUGGUACAAAAAUAACUCCAACAGGUGGUACUGCUACGACUAAGACAGGUCAUACAACAGCUUCUGGAGGUAUUGAUAUGACCGAUCCAAGAAGUGGAGAGGAUACUACUACUACAGCUACUACUGUGGAUCUGGAUUUUCAAUGUACGAAGGAGGGCAAUUUUCGAAUUGGCUAUACAUGCACCAAAUUCGUCAGCUGCAGAGCGUACUUCGGGACAUUCGUAGCCGCCUUGAGAACGUGCAAUACGUGUACUAAAUUUAACGGAAACACCGCCAAAUGCGACUUUCCAGAUAAUGUUAGCGAGUGCGCCGAAGACGAUGGGAAAGAGGGCAGAGAAUGCACAGCCGUCGGUCUGUAUAACGUGCCACAUUUCUGUAACAAAUUUUACAACUGCACGACAAAUGCGGCCACUGGAAAAAUUGAUUUGAAGGUGCAGCAGUGUCCUCCUAAUACCAAGUUCAGUGCCGAAGACCAAAAGUGCACCGCAAGCAGCGACUGUUUGCCUUACAAACCCAACUGCGUAGAUGGAUACGAGUUCAUUGUUGAUCAAUACAAAUGUGACAAAGCUUACUUUUGUAAAAAAUCCAAAAUCGAUAGGACCAUUAACUGUCCUAGAGGCUACAUCUACGAAACGCAUAUGGUGCACAACAAGGAUCUCAGGUGCGUGUUGCAGGAAAAGUCGUCUGUGUGCAGCGACAUUCCGUUUAGGAGGAGAAGAUAACAUGUUCAUAUUUUUAUUAUUGUAUGCAAAUAUGACUGAAAUAAAUAUUAUUUCCAUGUAUGCAGAUUCAAA